AUGUGGAAUUGUGGAAUAAGAAGCGACGCUACAGUAAGCCUUGCGGAAGGCGACAUGACAGCUAACAACGAAGUGAAGACGGAGAAGGCGAAGAUGAAGAUGAAGAAGAACAACGGCAAACUGAAGAAGGAGGAGGAGAAGAGCACGAACAACAAGAAGUAUCAAACUCCGCCGAAGACCCAGCUGGUUUUGUGGGCGGAGACUGAGGUGACUCUAAGCCAUGAAUAUUAUCUGUGCUGUUAUGCUUAA